UACCUUUGAAAUUACCUUUAUGGCUCCCCAUUUUCUUUUAACUCCUUGAGCUUAUAGAAAUCUGAGUAUUCUUCUCAUCCCCAUUGAUUAAUAAGGUAUUCACCCAAAGCACAUGUCUUUAAAUAGCUGUUGCCAUGCAGCAGUUGUGCAAUUCAGGCAGUUUCAAAAAUGGUUCUGAAACAGACAGACUUCAUUGUCUCACAUAGAUGAAGGCACUAUAAGUAGGUUAGAACCAAAGAGCAUAUCCUGAUGACUGCAUUAUACUAUCCAUAAAUAAUACCUGCAAUUGAUCCUUUUUCAAAUUCACUGAAUGAAAUGUGUAGAGCCUAUUAAAAUACUUCUGGAAUGACUUCCAUUAGCAGAUUGGGGUAAGGUAAUUUUUCCUUCCUUGUGUAACCUCCACAUCUAUACAACCAGGGGAACAGAAGGGAGAAAAAAAUUGUAAUGUGAAUGAGAGUUAUUCAUGCUUAGUUGGAGUCUGCCAAAUCCAGCUCUAUGGAAAAAGAUAUCUAAAUUGCAUUGCUAGCUUCCUAGAAAAAAGUUUGUAUUUUGAGAUAAAAGAAAGUUGCGUACUAACCUUUACUGAAGCAGUUUUUAGCACAAGAACAAUUGGAAAAUGUUAGACAAAGCUAGUGCCAUGUGUUCUGAUUAAAAAAAAAAAUAGAUCAAAGACUAUUCAAUUUUGCCCAUACAGGAAAACCACUGUUAGAGUCUGAAAAAUGGCUGACCAAAUUCAGAGUCCUUAAGCAGAUGUGAUUUGCUAACACCUUGCCAAUGCAGGAAAACCACUGCUACAGAAUGGCUUGGAAAACUCACAAUCCUUAAGGAACAUUUGAAAAGCUACCCUAACCACUGAAAAUGAAACGCGAUUUUAAUUAUACCCAUGUUUACUGUGGAUCUUUACCAUUAAAACUAACUGGAACAGAAGCAACACCAGAAGAGCCUUGCUCUGAGAGUUACAGUGAAAAAUGCAAAGGCUGUACCAAAGAAAAGCUGUUCUAUGGUGACCUGCAUCAUGGAAGUCCCAAGAAUUUCAACCUCAAAAGUGGAGAAAAGCAUAUGCAUAAUAAAGAAAACCAAAAAGUAUCAUGGGGCCAUAUUGAAAGUGCCAAUGAAGUUGACAAUGAAAACGAAGACAGUGGCUAUUCCUCUUUGUUGGGUAUUCAGCACAAACCCAAUGAUAAUGAUGACAGUGUGCUAUUAGCAGGGAAUAUCAACAAUAUACCAAAUCAUAGUUUCAGUCCAAGAAAGAAUUUACUACCAGUCCUCCAUUUUGAAGAACUUGUCUGCUCAACUUUGAAAAAAGCUAGCAAACGGAAUCCAAAGUCAUGGGCCCUUGUCUUAGAUAAAAUGGCUUCAAGGAAAAUGGAAUUUGUGAAUCUGAUUGGCAAAAAAAUGGGAUUAGAUAAGCUAGAUAUUAUUGGAGAAUUAUUUCAUGGGAAAUUUAGACAUCUGUUAGCAAACAUCUUAAUACACCUUAACCAUAAAGACUUGAUAAACAUGGCUAAAGUUAGCAUUACAUGGAAGAAAAUUCUUCUUAGUGACAAGUGGGCUUUCCAGAUGUAUAACGAAGCACUAAAACUCAGUUUGAAUAGCAACACAGUAGCUGCCAAACAGUCUGAUACACGGGAGUAUGCUCUCCAUCGUGAACCAUUAACGUAUAUUCAGAAAGUAGCAUCGACACAAAUCAACUUUUCUAAAAAAACAUCCCGAAUGAAAUCAAACGCCCAGAAAAAUCAGAGCUCUUCUUUCAGCCGGCAUUCACAAUUUUCUGAGGUUGCAAAGACUUUGAAAAAUACUGAAAGUCUGAAAGUUUGCCAUCGCUGUGGUUCCCCUGCAAAAUACGAUUCCCAUCUGCAAAGGGCAACGUGUGUCCGAGAAAGCUGUGGUUUUGACUUUUGCACAAAGUGCUUGUGCAGCUACCAUAGUGCCACGGAUUGCAUCAUUGGAAAGCCUGUAAAAACGUCUUUCAGACUAGGACCUCUUCCUUGUAGCAAAAAAAGCAAACAGAAUUUACGGAGGCUAUAAUUUUCCUGACAUAAAUUUUAGCUCGGGUAUCAUAUUUUGCUUAUAGGUUCAGAAGAGGAGUGAAUGUGAAAGUUGUGGUCUAAUUUAAAAAAUGCAGUGAUAUUUUUAAAAUCAAUUUUAAAUUUUUUUUCAGAUGUCUUCCUCUCCCCUUUUUAGAAGGAUGUUCAACAGAAUUUUUAAACUACUAGGUUUACAUGGGAAUUGAACAUGACAACCCUGACUUAGCAAAUAGACUAACAGUGGAUUUUAAUUAAAUGUUACCGUUGCUACCCCCAAAUUAUUUUUUAAAGUUUUUAUAUGGCCUCUAACUUCAUGCCUUUAUAAAAUGCCUUUCAGAGUUUUUACAGUACAAUCUAUAAUAAGCAAAUGAUAUUUAAUGUAUUUGCAAUGCCAAAUUUUUAUUAACUGAAUUUCAUCUGAUUAAAAGAUUAAAUAUAUAAAUAGGAGAAGUUUUUAUAACCACACUUGUCCUGAUAGCUGCUGAAAUAGUGUUGUCCUGUACCAUUUCAUUUUCAUUACUAGGUAAAGUUGCCUAGAAAUGUAUAUAAUUGUAAAUACUUAAAUAUUUGUUUGU